ACGGCCGCUAUAAGAGCGGCGGGCUGCGGACUCCCGCCCUCCCUGCUGGCCGCGGUCACCUACCGGCGCCCGGCUCCCGCGACCCACCCGGCCACACUAUGACAGAUCAGGCUUUUGUGACGCUGACCACAAACGAUGCCUAUGCCAAAGGUGCGCUGGUCCUGGGCUCAUCUUUGAAACAGCACCGGACUACAAGGAGGAUGGUUGUACUCGCCAGCCCACAGGUUUCAGACUCUAUGAGAAAAGUUUUAGAGACCGUGUUCGAUGAAGUCAUCAUGGUAGAUGUCUUGGACAGUGGCGAUUCUGCUCAUCUCACCCUAAUGAAGAGACCCGAGUUGGGCAUCACAUUGACUAAACUCCACUGCUGGUCCCUUACUCAGUAUUCCAAAUGCGUGUUCAUGGAUGCAGAUACUCUGGUCCUCUCAAAUAUUGAUGAUCUGUUUGAAAGGGAAGAAUUGUCAGCGGCACCAGACCCAGGAUGGCCUGACUGUUUCAACUCUGGAGUCUUUGUUUAUCAACCCUCAAUGGAAACAUAUAACCAGCUGUUGCACCUUGCUUCUGAGCAAGGCAGUUUUGAUGGUGGGGACCAGGGUCUACUGAAUACAUAUUUUAGUGGCUGGGCGACCACAGAUAUCACAAAACACCUGCCAUUUGUGUAUAACCUAAGCAGCAUUUCAAUAUACUCCUACCUCCCAGCAUUUAAAGCGUUUGGUAAAAAUGCCAAAGUUGUGCACUUCCUGGGACGAACCAAGCCAUGGAAUUACUCUUACAAUCCCCAAACAAAAAGUGUCAAAUGUGAAUCCCAGGACCCAACCAUGAGUCACCCAGAGUUUCUGAACCUGUGGUGGGACACCUUCACCACCAACGUCUUACCUCUGCUCCAACACCAUGGCCUUGUCAAAGAUACCAGCUCCUAUCUAAUGAUGCUUUCAGGCUUGGUCCAUACACUGGCUUUCUCUUGUGGCUUCUGUAGAAAGGAACAUGUCUCAGGAGCCCUGUCAGACCUGUCCUUUGGGGAAGCCCCAGCUGCACCACAACCCCUUCUCCUAAAAGCGGCUCACCCACCUGUGGUGAACCAGACAAAGGGCUUUUGUCUGCUGCAGCGCUAUCUCCUUCUGGAAUUCCUCCUUGGAGUCACCACCCACCAGAAACGGAAAUGCCUCUGUAGGUUCCUGGUAGCUGCAAGUGUUAAUGUCCAGACCACAUCUCAGUGA